AUGGACAAGGACGAAUACAAUAAUGACGAUACUCAGCUGGCCCAGAUGGGCCAUAAGUCUGAAUUGAAGCGCAAUUUCUCUUUAAUUUCCAUGCUGGGUCUUGCUUUUGCGAUUCUAAACUCAUGGACCGCUCUGUCGGCGAGUUUGUCUCUCAGUUUGCCGUCUGGCGGAAGUGCCAGUGUGGUCUGGGGUCUCCUUACAGCCGGUAUCUGUAACUUGUGCAUGGCCACUUCAUUGGCCGAAUUUCUGUCCGCGUACCCAACCGCUGGUGGUCAAUAUCACUGGGUGGCUGUGACUUCCUGGAGAAGUUGGAUGCCCGUUCUGUCGUGGAUCACCGGCUGGGUCAACUGCUCCGGCUGGGUUGCGCUGGUCGCAACCGGUGGUCUCCUGGGCAGUGAGCUUAUUCUCGGUGUUAUCUCACUGAUGAACCCUGCAUACGAGCCUCAGCGCUGGCAUCAAUUUUUGAUUUACCUCGCAUACAACAUUGUUGCUUUCAUCAUUAACGCCUUGAUGAACAACAUUCUGCCUUAUGUCACCAAGGGCGCCUUUAUCUGGUCCUUGACAGGCUUUGCUGUCAUUUGUAUCACCAUUCUGUCCUGCGCCUCGCCAGAGUAUAACUCCGCAGAAUUCGUGUUCUCCGAUUUCAUCAACACCACAGGAUGGCCUGACGGAGUUGCCUGGUUGCUUGGACUUUUGCAAGGAGGUCUCGGUGUUACCGGCUUCGAUGGAGUAGCACACAUGAUCGAAGAAAUUCCCAACCCCUCGAUCGAAGGCCCUAAGAUCAUGAUCGCCUGCGUUGGAAUCGGUACUGUGACUGGUCUAAUCUUCCUCAUCUGCUUGCUAUUCGUUGCUGGCGAUAUCAACAAGAUCAUCGAAUCUGCCGCAACACCUCUGCUCGCCAUCCUGAAGAACGCCACACAGAGCAACGCCGGUGCUAUCUGCUUGUUGAUCUUCCCUCUCGUCUGUGUCCUCUUCGCCGCUACAGCUAUCAUGACAACUAGCAGUCGCAUGAUCUAUGCCUUCGCACGUGACGGUGGCCUUCCUGCCUCUCCCUUCUUCUCUCGUGUGCACCCCAAGCUGAACGUCCCCUUGAACUCGCUUUACCUCAACUUGGCCCUUGUGACCAUCUUUGGUUGCAUUUUCCUGGGAUCAUCCAGUGCUUUCAACGCUAUCGUAUCAGCAUCAGUGGUGCUACUUGACAUCUCAUACGCCAUGCCCAUUGCGGUGAACUGUCUCCGAGGAAGAAGGAUGCUCCCCGAGCGUUCCUUCACUCUGGCCUCAUGGUUUGGCUGGACCAUCAACAUGAUCUCGGUCGCUUAUAUCUCUCUGACCACAAUUCUGUUCCUCUUCCCUCCCUCUAUUCCUGCCACUGGUAGCAGCAUGAACUACUGCGUUGCGGCGUUCGGAAUCGUGUUUAUCAUUUCUACCAUCCAAUGGUUCGUGGACGGACGUAAGAACUUCGUCGGCCCUCGCAUCGAGGUUGAGGUCUUCACUGGAGAAGCUGGCCCCCAGCCAGAACAGCCCAUACCCUUCGUGGAACAGCACAAGCAAUAG